UUUUUAUUUAAUACGCGUUCUACACAUUUCAAUUAUAUACAAUGAGUUUACUUCAACCUUUUGUUAAUCUUAAUGUUUUAGUUGUUACAUUAGAUGGUCGAAUUUUGGUGGGAAAGUUGAGAGGAACAGAUCAAUCAUCAAACCUCAUUUUAGAGAAAUGUGAGGAACGCGUAUUUUCCAGUGAAGGAACAGAAGUUGUACCACUCGGUUUAUUUCUCUUACGGGGAGACAAUUUAUGUACAGUGGGAGAAAUCGAUACCGAAAAGGAUGAAACGUUGGAUUUACCAUCAAUUAAAGCGGAUCCAUUAUCAGAAGCAAGACUUUAACAUCAAGACACAACACACACACACACAAUACACAACGCGAACACCCUCUCCCUUCUCUCCCUCUCUCUCCCUCUCAUCGACAAAUCAAUAACUGUAUCAUAAAACAAACCGAAUGAAUAAUAAUAAAAAAAUAUGAAAAAAAG